AUGAGAAAUGGUCUCUUAUUUACUGGGCUUGUGCUUUUGCUUACAUCAUUAAUUGUUCUUCAUGUCCUCGUUGCGCCUUAUACUAAGGUCGAGGAGUCUUUCCAUAUCCAAGCUGUUCAUGACAUCUUGAGACAUGGCUUCCCCAUUACUACACUUGGCGCUGAGCGCGUCAACUACGACCACUUCGCUUUCCCUGGCGCUGUGCCCCGAACAGCUGUUGGCGCAGCGAUACUCGCUAAGGUAUCGCAGCUGGUGAUUGCGGUAGAUGGCCGAAUCGACCGCCAAAUUCUAGCUCGAGCUAUUCUGGGUCUAUACAAUGCUUUCGCAUUGGCUACAUUUGCGCAUGGCCUCCGGCGCAGCUUCGGCCAGACAGUAGCUAUAUGGUACCUGCUCUUCCAGAGCAGCCAGUUCCAUCUGAUCUACUAUGCUUCACGGCCGCUAUCAAACAUGUUUGCGUUUGGUCUGACAACUCUAUCAAGGCGCUACAUGCUCCCGGACAAAGUGGGCAGCGCUAGGCCUCAAGCACAAGGCGCAUACCGUCUUUCAUUAUGCCUCCUCACUAUUGCAGGCGUCAUCUUCCGCUCCGAGCUGGCAGUCCUCGUCGCAACGCAGACGCUGUUUCUGCUGCUCUCCGGCCGUAUCAACCUAUUUGAGACUGCCCUACCUGCCGGCCUCCUCGGUCUUACCAUCGGCCUCAUCACUACAGUAACAGUCGACUCGCUCUUCUGGCAACGCACCCCGCUCUGGCCUGAGCUCGAGGCAUUCAUCUUCAAUGUCGUUCAUGGCCAGUCCUCGGCCUGGGGCACAGAGCCAUGGUCAUUCUAUUUCUUCAAUGCCCUUCCUCGUCUUCUACUCAACCCCCUGACCUAUAUCCUCGCCAUCCCCGUUGCGCUUCGCCAGCCAGCAACACGCAACUCGGCGCUCUCACUACUCAUACCGUCCUUGUCUUUCACAGCACUUUAUAGCUUCCAACCACACAAAGAAUGGCGCUUUAUCCUCUAUAUCAUUCCAUCAUUAACAGCAGCCGCUGCCCUCGGCGCCGCAUACCUCUGGACACACAGAUCGCGCUCAUUUUUCGCUCGCAAUGCCUCCCGUCUUCUGAUCCUGUCUACGCUGGCAUCGUUCCUGCUUUCCAAUCUGGUUCUUCUCCCCGCUUCCGCGGCGAAUUACCCCGGUGCGAUGGCGCUGAAUGCUUUACAUAGCUACCAAGACAGGGGGAUGAGUUCUGGCGAGGAUGUCCAUGUUUACCUUGGCAACCUCGUUUGUCAAACGGGUGUUACCCGUUUCCUGCAGCGGCCGAGUACUGCGGAUGAACGUUGGACGUACGAUAAGACUGAAGACGAGAUGGUGAAAUCUACGGCUUCUUUCUGGGAGAAGUUCGAGUACGUUCUAGUUGAGGCCUCUGCGGAGCCUGCGUACUUGGAUAUGGAUGAGAUACGUCUUCGUGAUGCAUUGCCUGGGUCGCAGUGGGAGACCGUUAAGGUUAUUGAGGGCUUUGCGGGGCUUUCAAUUCUUAGACCAGGGGAACCAGCCGCGGGAAGCGCUGAGCGGUGGGUGCUGUCUUUGGUUGGUGGGGAUCAUGCUGUUGAACUAUUUGAAAAUGUACGAGAGAUGGCGAGGAAGGUUAUGCUCAAGGGUUGGUGGAUUGAGUUGAAGAUGAGGCCGAGGGUAAAGGUUUUGAGGCGGUUGAAGGAUUCUAUAGAUGUUUGA